UGGUUCUGCAACAGCAGAUCUAGCCCCGAGAAUAAACUUAUAGCUCGUUGAAAAAACAAAUCUCAUGACUUUGGGGGCCAAUCUUUCACUCACCGAAUAACAAGAAGUUCGAUUGAUUGCGGUAGAGUGUGCGGAGCCAGUGAAGCAGAAAAUUUUUGCGUCAACUCCCGAGGUUUGCUUGCAUCACUUCGCCACAAGACCCGGCAUUCUGUGGUCCACGGAAUAUAUAAAAGCAAUUGCCAGUGCCUGCCGCCCAGUUGACAGGAAAGAAUGCGAGAUGCAUGGUAGUUAUAUCAAGCUGUUGCUGGUCCUGGGACUCCUGCUCUCCUACUCGGCGGCCAAGAAGAAAGAGUCAUCGUCCGAGGAGGAGGAGGAAGGCGGCGACAAGUAUGAAAAAAAAAAAUUUGGUGCCGAGGAACACAAAGGUGAACACGGUCACAAGGAACACAAGGAAUGGGAGGAGGACGAGAAGAAGCACCACGAGCUAGAGGAUCACGAACACCAUCACGGCGACAAGGGGUCAAAGAAGAAAAAGCAUUACGACGAGAAGCACGAGCACGGUGAAAAACACGAGCACGGUGCCCACAAGAAGGGCGGAAAGCAUCGUCACAAAAAGAAACACAAGAAGGGACAUAAGGAGCUGGAGUAUCACAAAAAGUUCAACAAGGAUGAAUACAUUAAGGAGAAGAAGUUCUACGAUGACGAGCACAAGGGUGGUCAUCACAAGAAGUACGGAAAGGAGCACCACCAUCAUGCCGAGGAACACGGCGAGCACAAAAAGGGCGAGAAGCACGAGGGCGGCAAAAAGAAGGGCCACAAGAAGCAUCAUGGUCACUACAAGAAGGGACACCACGACGAGGAUCACAAGAAAUACAAGAAGGGGCACAAGCACGGCGACAGUUACGAAGAAAAGAAGGAGCACGGCGAGAAGGGCUCGAAGAAACAUGGCCAAAAGCACUACAAGAAAAAAGGUGGCAAGCAUUGAGGAUAACCAAACUUAUAGGAACUAUAAUAAAAAAAUUUGUGAUGUGCGAAUUAGUAAUGCUGAAUAAAAAUUGGGUAGAGGUUAAAUAAUUUCCGUUUUAUUCAUUAAUUGAGGUUUUUACGGGACAUGAACUGUAAUAUGUCUAAUAUAUUUUUUUGUUGAACACCGUUUUUUGAGUUGAAACCCAAUGUCACAGCAUAACGUUUUAUUUUAGUUGACUGGCUGCAACUUGAAACUUGAUAUUGAAAGUUCCGGGGUAUUUCAGAACCUAGGGAUAAAAAUCGAGUUAUUAAUA